GUUCAACAUCUUGCCUUCCAUCUCCCUUGAUCUUUGAUUGCAUCUCUGGCAGGCUGGACCUCCUCAAAAAUGCCUUCGAGUACUCUGCUACUCUGGUUCCUCUACGUGCUGGCGGUGACAGCUUCCGUCGUCCUGCCACGCUCAGAUCCGUGCAACCGAAGACAGACCAAGGAAAUUGAUGAUGCGAAUCAUUUAUUCAAUGCUAUCCACUCAUCCAUGCGACAAUGGGGAUCCUCAGUGAACCACAAUGGCAUGUCCUUAUUCCUAGCUCAAGUGCCCGCAGGGACCCAGUUCUAUCAUGGCACUCAUACAUCGACUCCUGUUCAGGGUAUGGAAUGGCUUGCCUUUGAGCCUGAACACGCCAGGAACUUCGCCGUCAAAUUCCCCAAGAAAAAUAGGCGGCCCCCACCACGAAGCCAGACAUAUGCCGCAGGACCACGGGCCGCGGUGGACAAAGGGAUACAGUACUCUAUCACAAAGGAUGGCAUGGCUGGGGAGGACAGCCCUGAGCGACCUGGUCUCCUGGAAGCCAUUUUCGGUAGUCCUAAAGCCCCGAGACUGAGGCCGGCCCCUUCUCCUAUGAAGCCUGGCUGGCUGCACACAUAUAAGACCAAGGCUUUGACCCCCUUACUGUAUAUCGACGGCAUGUCGGCAGGAAAGACAUCCAAAGGAACACUUGACGUUCAAGACAUCCUUCUUCUUAAUCGCACUGAUGCAGAUGAUGACCGAUUUUGGGAGUAUGAGCGUGCUAGUGGUCUGUGCAAGCUGUCCAAAGAGCGUUGGGGAGGCAAAAUCAAGGGCUUCAUCCGCAUGGAAGCUGGAUUUGAGAUCAUCAUGUGCUCCUUCGACCAAUCUCUCGAUUUCCAGACGGCCACCCGAGCAGGGUCAGCACUAUCCAAAGACUAUACACCAUCAAGGUCCAUAUGGAAUUGGAUCCAUGCCGUGGCCUCACGCUACGACGGCAUCGGUGGCCACCGUGUUACUCUAGACUACAACAACUUCGUCACGGCCUUCAGCCAUGACAUGGAUCUAUUUCUUCCAGACGCUCAUUUGCCCCGACUGACUAGCACCUCAGAUCAAGAUCUAAACACUCUUCGUUGUGAGCUGGACAAGGUGGUGAAUGACUGGGACAGCACGGAGGAUUUGAGUGCGGGACAGUUUACAGAUUGGCAAAGUGUCGCAGACAUGAUCGUGGCAAGAUAUGCGACCGAGCUGAAAUACUUGACAUCUGGGAGAAUUGUGGACCGAACUCAUUUUCUCAAGGAGCUCGACAGGCUGCUCGCUAAUUUCAUUGACUCUGAUGCACGAGAUUUUGACGCCGAAGUGGCACGCUGUGUGGCACAAAACAUGCCAGGCGGGCAAGUCAAACCGAGCUCGAUUGCCGGUCGUGCCUUGAGUUUGGUGUCGACCAGGAUCUGUUCCACACUCCUCCGUGCCUUCAGCACCCGUGUCGAUGUCGCUCAGGCUGUGGCUGACAUACAGUCACUCAUCACCUAUUUGGACUGGACCAUAUGGAAACGCUGCGACCAAUGUGAGUUGGGAAGGAUUUGUUUUACUCCGGUUUGGCCAUUCGGCUCCACUCAAGACUAUGAACAUCCCCAAUGUCGCAAUGAGUCCGAGUUGCAGUCUUCGUAUGGCUAUUGGGAUGAGCGCGGUGCGAUGCCAGCAAUGUAAGCGGUCGACUGGUCUCUCCUUUCCUCACGACGCCCACACUGGAAUGUUACGAGGACCGGGAAGCCAGAUGGAUGGAACUAGUGCUGGCGAAAGAAUUUUCUGAAGAUCUUGAACGCGGCAUAUGUUCCGCCUGUGAUUACUGAGCCGAGUAACCAGGUUAAUAUUUGCUUUUGGGAUUGUGACUUGAUAAUGACCUCGCUGUAUCGUGUAUUACUGAAACUGACGCGAGAAUAUUGGGUGGCCCAUCCCAGGCCAGGAGCGUAAUGGUACAAAAAUUCUUCGAUCUGCUUUCGCAGUUUAUAGACAGGGGAUGUGACUGAUGAUCUCAUCUCGGUGUAAUUGGCAAGUGCCAGAUCGGCGAUGGCGUGAGCAUCGGCUUUGCGUUCAUCUGUGUAAGCGGCAAGCGCUUCAUCGACGCGAGACAGCUGAUCGAGCUUGGAAAAAAGGACUCUGACAGAUUCAAGGCCGGCAUUCAUUCCCUGACCAUAGAAAGGCACCAUUGCGUGUGCAGCAUCGCCAACGAUGACGACCGAGUCGCUGAAAUGAUAAGGAGAGCACUUGAUAUUGAUCAGAGGGAGAUGCGGAUUUCGUCUGAAUUGCUGAACCAGGUCAUCCGGCCGGAUGUGAUCAGUCACACCCGGGAAGUAUUUGUCGAAUGUAGCCACAAUUUCAUCUUGACUGCUUUGUUCAAGCCUGUUGAAAAGACUAACCGGGCCAAAGAGGGUGCAAACAAAGGACUUGUCCAGGUUUGGUAAAGCAAUGAACAUGAAGGCUCCAGCUGGCCAGAUAUGGAG